CAUAACAAGAGCGGGUGCCGGCACGAAGCAAUUCUCGGUUGACGGCAGCACAAUUGGGCGAAGCUUCAACGUUUUCCUUUCCUCUUUUUUCCUUUUUUUCUCUUCUUCCUUCGUCCCUCCUCCUUCCACAGUGCUACUACCGUCCUGUGCAUACCUUUGCGGUAGUAAGGUACCGUAGCACUGAAUAGGCCUAGACACACACCACACUCUCGCACGCACCCGCACACGCACAUAAGUUACUGAUCUCCGUUGAAUCGUUCAACCUUCGCCGCAACCCCUUCCUUACCUGCUGUCCUGACUUGCUCCCCCUCCCCCCCCCCCUUACCCCUUAGCGUUUCCACUUGUAAAAAAAUUGUUGUUAUCGUGCCUGGGUUGAACGACUCCCUUUUCUCCAUUCUCUUCCCAAUCAUCACCGCCUCCCCUUCGCGUUGCGUUACCUUCCCCCGUCAUUCACAUCUCGCUCACCUACAGAGUCAUUCCCACCCCACGUCGGGAAUUGCUGUCGUACGGAGUUCACGGAUCCAACAAUCCUUAUACGUCGUUGCCGGUAAGGCGGUUUGGAACGCCACAAUCACGCACCCACAGUGGAUCCGCGAAAGGAAGGGGGGAAAGAAGGAAGGAAGAGACGCAGGGGCCUGGGAAUCUAUGGGGAGGAGGUUACCGGAAUUGAAUACGCACAGCAACUGGCUUAGUGGGCUACGGUGCUAAGAGGCUGGAAGGGAAGGUUGGGAAGGAAGAGAGAAACCGGGAGCAAAGGGACAAGAUAAGAGUGGGGAAGAAGGAAGGGUUUUAAGUCUAAGGGCAAUCUUGGAUUGGGCGGUAUUGGGCAGAGGAAGAAAGAGUUGCUUACAGGGGACAAAAACAGGCGGAACGUCGGUCAGGGUCCACUACGGUCCUGCUGACUGUACUGGAGAGGAUCGAGGGAGGAGGCAGAUCUUAUACGUUACGGUCAUACCGUCGAUAUUGAAGGAGGAUUAGUGGAAAGCCCCAGAAGAAGAGGAACAAGAGGGGGAAAGUUUUUCUCUUUUCACCGGGGCCAGAGGAAAGAAAAAAGAAAAAAGGAAGGGAAAGGGAAGGAGAAAGGGGAAAAAAAGAGAGGGAAAAUUUCAGCUCUCGGGUUAACUUAGAACACCGGAGGAGAAAGAGGGAAUGCCAUGCAUCCGUGCUUGACUAGACAGCUCGUCUAUCGAUUAAUCCCACUUGUGGCUUUCGUAUUUCACUUGAUCCUUUCUACUUCUAGUUUCUGCAGCUUCUUCCUCGGUCCCGCUCACCGCCAUCAACACCAUACCUGUAGCUCUCUUCCAUCUGGGGCAGCAGACGACCCCUACAUCUCCAGUAACCGCUCGGGGCGAGGAAGAGUUGUUUCAAAGCCCCCGCUAUUACCUCGGAUUUGCUGUUGGCCUGGAAAGGCCGGUGAGGUCUGCUAUUCUGGUUGGUCCCCUUGAACAAGCUCCCUUUCGAGUCCGGACUUGUCCUUUGGCUUUCGUUGUAUAUUUCUUUUCGUGUCUCAGUGUUCUUUGUAGGUUUUGGGCUAUUUUUUUUCCGGAAAGUUUGGGUCCAGGUUUUCGUCUGGCGGUUCUUUCUUUCCUUUUUUUUUCUUCCUUCUUUCGUUUCUGCCCUUCGUCAAUUUACUUGCCUACCUACCUACUACCUCUUCUCCUUCCUUUCCUCGUUCUCUUUUUCUCUUUCUUCUGAGAUUCGUUCUGAUCGUUAUCGAACUUUUAGGUCUUCGAAGGACGGAGAAGGAGGAAGAAAAAGAAGAAGUAGAGUGUAGUUAACAGUCGAGUGUUGACCGCUCUACCCUUUCGUCAAUCGUUUUUCGUCAUUGAACGUGCAUCAUUUUCCGGGUCAACAUUUAAUAUAGACACGCCCACCAUAUACACGCAGGAGAGGAAGGGAGGGAAAGAAAAAAAAAAAGGAAAAAGGAAAAAGAGAAUAUUCGCCCUCCACGUAUUUAUCCAUUUUUAAAAUUUAUACCUGCGGAUUAAUCCUUUCUCUUAACUUAUACCCCUCCUACUUGAUCUGUCACAUUUGGACCCAGAGACCGGGCAACCCUCACUCCAGUCACUGUACAUCAGCUAUACUAUUCAUAACUUAACAAUCCUACGUGCAUACAACCUGGUGUGUCACGACCAACCGUUUGUCAUUAACAUUCGUAUUCCCCCCUGGGGCCAAGAAGUUUUAUUAUUCGGAUAUCGGCGGUGACUGAUUGUCACACCCA